CAGCCCCCUUUUCCUCAUUCUCGCACGUAACAGCCAUCUUCCUUCAGCUCGAGAAGACUGUUCGUGCAGACAUGGCCGACUACUCUAACGUGGCUCCGCCGUCUUCGAACGCCGGUGGAGGGAUGAACGACGCAUUUAAAGAUGCUCUUCAGAGGGCCAGACAGAUCGCUGCAAAAAUAGGAGGUGAUGGGGUACCGCCCUCUCCAGUUUCCAAUGACUUUGGUUAUGGAGGACAGAAGAGGCCCCUUGAAGAUGGAGAUCAACCAGAAACAAAGAAAGUUCCACCAAGUGAUCCUUUUUCAGCUGUAAUGGGAGGCAUGGGUGGCCCACCAAGGUCUGUAUCUGAAGAGUUCAAGGUCCCAGAUGGCAUGGUUGGCUUCAUCAUUGGAAGAGGAGGAGAACAGAUUUCAAGACUGCAACAGGAAUCUGGCUGCAAAAUACAGAUUGCUCCUGACAGUGGUGGUAUGCCUGAUAGGUCAGUGACGUUAACUGGUUCACCAGAUGCAAUCAUGACUGCUAAGAGGCUGCUCUCAGAGAUUGUAGAGAAAGGCAGACCAUCUCCAGCGUUCCACCACAAUGAUGGACCAGGGAUGUCUGUUCAUGAGAUGAUGAUCCCUGCCUCCAAAGCGGGCCUGGUCAUUGGAAAGGGAGGGGAAACGAUCAAACAGUUACAGGAACGGGCUGGAGUCAAAAUGGUGAUGAUUCAAGAUGGACCCCAAAACACAGGCGCUGAUAAACCACUCAGGAUCUCUGGUGAUCCUUUCAAAGUUCAGCAAGCUAAAGACAUGGUAAUGGAUCUGAUUAGAGAUCAGGGUUUUCGUGAACAGAGAGGAGAGUAUGGCUCUAGAGCAGGUGGUGGUGGUGGAGGAGGAGAGAGUUUGGAUGUCCCUGUGCCAAGGUUUGCUGUGGGUAUUGUGAUUGGCCGGAGUGGCGAAAUGAUCAAGAAGAUUCAGAAUGAUACUGGUGUGAGGAUUCAGUUCAAACCAGAUGAUGGCAGCACACCAGAAAGGAUUGCUCAGAUUAUGGGACCCCCAGAUAGAGCACAGCAUGCAGCAGAUAUCAUAACUGAUCUACUGAGGAGUGUGCAGGCCGGAGGACCCCCUGGUCAUGGUGGUGGUGGCGGUGGGGGCGGCGGCGGCAGAGGAAGAGGCCGUGGACAGGGAAACUGGAACAUGGGCCCUCCUGGUGGUCUGCAGGAAUUUACUUUUACUGUACCUACCAUGAAGACUGGCCUCAUUAUUGGCAAAGGUGGUGAAACUAUUAAAAACAUAAGCCAGCAGUCUGGAGCCAGGAUAGAAUUGCAAAGAAACCCUCCUCCUAAUUCGGAUCCUAAUAUAAAGAUCUUCACAGUCCGUGGGUCACCCCAACAAAUUGAUUAUGCCAGGCAAUUGGUCGAGGAGAAGAUAGGAGGUCCAGUUAGCCCUAUGGGUGGUCCUCAUGGUCCACCUGGGCCACAUGGAGGACCUUCUCAUGGACCUCCUGGUCCUCAGGGACCACCUGCUCCCAUGGGCCCUUACAACCCUGGGCCUUAUGGCCAGGGCCCACCUGGACCACAUGGACCCCCAGCACCAUACCAACCUCAAGGCUGGGGCAAUGGAUACCCCCACUGGCAGCAAGGACAGCCUGAUCCUAAUAAAGCAGCGGCUGAUGCUAAUGCUGCAGCAUGGGCUGCCUAUUAUUCUCAGUACCAGCAGCAGCCUCAGGGUCCAAUGACACCCACCUCGGCAGCCCCAGGCACAACCCAAGCCAAUGGACAAGGUGACCCGCAAGCUCCCGGUCAAAGUGGACAGGCAGAUAACACCAAGGCCUGGGAGGAAUAUUACAAGAAAUUGGGUCAAGGCCAGCCUCAGCAGGACUACACCAAGGCGUGGGAAGAGUACUAUAAGAAGCAAGGUCAAGCUGCUCCUCAAGCAGCUGCAGCAGCAACGGCAACACAGCCCGGAGGUCAGCCGGAUUACAGUGCAGCGUGGGCCGAGUAUUACCGCCAACAGGCCGCCUACUAUGGUCAAGGAGCCCCUCAGGCAAUGGGUGGUGCACCCCAGGCUCAGCAGGGCCAGUAAUGUGAAGUGGACAUAAAGUAAAUGCUACAUUGUCAGAAAAAAACCUUUGUUAAAUGUUUGGAUGCAGACGCCAUGAUGAAGAUCUUUAUUUGAUUGGUUUGAGUGUUUAAGAUAGAUCGCAGACCGGCUCCGAAGUCAAGUAUAAAUAUAUAUAUAUUUUUCCCUUUUGUUUUGCCACUCUUGUAAAUGAACGGUUUGUUUUUAGUCAGGUUAAUAUUUGGUCAUUCCAGCUCCUGUAUCUUCUGUAUCUCAUGUAGAUUUGAGACUAAAGUCAUUUCCAUGUAAAUCAUCUCAGUUUUAAUAUGAUAUGCCUGUUGUGUUUUGCAAUAAAACAAUGAAACCUCCUGUGUUGGUAAGUGGGGUGCAAAGGUGGGGCAUGUUUUGUGAACUUAACUUUGUUUUGGGACGGGGUGGGAGCAAAUUUCCAAAAACGACAAAUGUGUCUCUCGUUUUGUUUUUUUCUCUUCUUUGACCUGUCUAUACAAGCCUUUUUGAUUUUAGUUCAAUUCCUGGUCUUUAAAUGUCACAAGAGAUCAUUGACUGUUUGACAAAUGGACAGCUCUGUUUUUAUACUGCAUUCUUGUUGUUUUUACUGGUCAUUGAUGUGGAUGAGGUGUAGGCAGGUUAUCUAAGGCAAAGUGGCUUGAUGUUGGCAAGGUAUGCGACUCAUGCAAUAACUCAGUGCUGUAGUGUUGCUCAUUUUUGUACUGCAUUUCACCUGGUUUGUUGAGGUUAAUGAGAGCCAUUUCCUUCCUCACAGGCAAGAUUAGGAAGGCGGUAAGCAAGUGUGCGUCUUUACAUAAACUGUUCUUUUAAUAUUGUUAUUGCAAUCAUGCUGCAAGCAUUUUAGUUUUUCAGAGUUUGCUGCUUUUUUUACAGUGCAGGUCAAAUGUUCUGAUCAAGUUAUGCUUUGCGAAAUUACUUGUCCCCAUCUUAUAUAUAUUUUAAAUGUCUAAAUUCAACCAUUUGUGUAUAUAUUGACUAUAAAUAUUGCUCAAUCGUUUUGAUACCAUUAAAACACGAAAAGCUCAAAUGCGAACAUGGACUACUUGUUUUGUCUGCUAGCAUAUAGGUUUUUGGGAGACUCUGGCCUUCCACACCAGUGAAAUGAGCUCUCCACUGUAAGUACAAAAUGUACAUGACUCUGCGGCUGUCAAUGCUUUGUCUUUGACCGAUUGAAACGCAUUGUAUUUUUUUAAUAUUCUCUAAAUGUUGCCCUUUUUUGGGUAAGUAUGUCAGGGCUGUAAUUGAUUUGACAUGCAUUUAAGAUAAUGACCUGACCCUUUUCCACAUUGGACUGUUUCUUUUUGCCAUUGUGAUAUGUACAUAUUGAGUCGUUGCCAUGUUGACACUGCUUUAGUCAUUUAGGAGUUCUCUUCUCAAACUGUAUCACUGUGUUCAGGCCAGAACAGCUAUAGCAACUUUAUCCCAUUGACUAGACAUGUCAAUUGUCAUUUUUUUCUGCUUUGCCAAGUGUUUUAUACUGCAAAGGCUAUAAAGACCCAUUGUCUCAAAUGUCAAUUCGCAUUAUUGUCUAAUUUCUAAAUUUGUGCCUGACCUGUUUUUCUGAUUGAGGUCAUCGAUUUGAUGCACGUUUUUCUUUGAUUUGACUUUAUUAGUGAGCAGUGCAAUGUCUAACUUUGCAGUGCCAUCCCUGACCUUGCACCUUAGGUUCUGCAGCAAUAACGCACAGGUAAGAGUAUCCUAAAAAGUCAAAGCGAUUGAACCUGUGAUCUCUAGUCUAAUGCUUUUCAUAUUUGAAACUGAGGUCAAUAUGUGCUGCAUAAACGAUGUCUCUCGUAGUAAAUAGAUUGCCGUACGCAACAAAUGUUGGAGUUUAGGUCUGCUGGAAAUGUUUUUUGUCCAUUUUGAAUUGCAUGGCAUUGACCUGUAGCUCAUAAAACAAUGUUUUUAUCUUAAUUCUAUUAAUACCUUUAACUAGGAUUGCUGUUUUUUUUUUCCUCUCUAAAUGAACCCAUGUUAAUUUAAUAUGAUUGCUCAUUUGAUAACUUGCCGGUAAGUGUUUAGUGUGGUCCUGUUCUAAUGUUAUACAAAAUGCAUGCAGAUGCAAACUGAUUCAGCGUUAGCCCUAUGAAUGCUCUCAAUUAUAACUGACGUAUACUGUAUGUAUGCUCAUGUUUCACUGGUUUGCAAGCUAUAUUGAUGCCCCUCUCUAGUGCUAACAUUUGUCCCACAUUGCUGCCUUCAUUCUCGCUCACAGUGUUGAAGAUGCCGCAGGCGUAGUUCGUAGAAUCAGGUCCUGAGCUAGUUUGUCCGUAUGGAGGAUUCCUUUGAGUCUGUCCCUCCACUGAAUGUAGACUGUUCGAGGGCUCCAAUUAUAAGGUAAAAAUAUAUAUAUUAUGAGGACUGUCAUUGCAAAGUCAAUGUUUCUGUUAGUUUAGGGUGAUGCCGGUUAGUUUUGAUUUUAGAAACAUGCCAUACAUUUCUGUUUUAUUGGCUGUCAGUGCUAUGAAAUGUUCUUUGAGUACAUGCUUUGCCUUUUGUUGAUAAGUGUAGGGAUUUAAUGUGCAUCAAUGCUGUACAGAUGGACCAGGAACGUUUUUUUUUUUUCUUUGAGUAGACAUUUGCCAGAUCUUUCUAAUUUUCUCUUUUGGUUUGACGGUUAAAGAAUAUUUUUAAAGCUAGUCUGUCCAUUGCUGCAUAUCGUUUGUAUGCAUGCUAGAUGUGCUUUCCUUUUUGAGCAAAUUGUUCACAACAGAAUUCGUGGGGGUCUUAAAACGAAGAGAAAAUCGGAGAAAUUUGGAGCAUGCCUUUUGAGGUAAAAACAAAAAAUCAAACAAAAACAAUGAACUGUUAAAGCUGUUGAAUGUACCUUUUUUCUGAGAAUUGUUGGUCUAAAUUGACUGUUGCCAUUGUCAUUAAUAAAAUUGUAAUCAUUA